UAGGUGAUUUAUUAAAAACAAUAAAACUUACCUCAGUAAGUCUCAAGUUCACUCACCGGUUAAAUUUAAGAGAGCAUUUUUGGUCUAAAAUGUGUACCAGUUUUUACACAAAUUUUUAGUUUACCGGUCCAUUUUUACAACCCAUAGAUUAGUGAGAAAUUAUUUGUAAAUUAAUUUACUUUAACCCAUUUACAAAGAAAUCGAUCCAUAAAGUGCGUGAAAAAACUCAUACCUACCGGUUGUAGAAAUUGAAUUUACAUAUUUUUAUAUCAUCAGUUCUCUUAAUUCCUGAUUUAGGCUUAGUUCGUGUGCUUUCCUCCGGUUAACAAGCAGACAACCUUUUAUCUCAACAUGAAAUUCGUCAUUGUAUUCGUUGCCCUUUUCGGUUUGGCUUUGGCCGCUCCACCACAAUCUAAUGCUGAGGCUACCGUCCUCCGUCAGGACUCAAACGUUGGUGCUGAAGGAUACCAAUUCUCUGUUGAGACCAGUGAUGGCAAAUCUCACUCCGAAGAAGGUCAAUUGAAGAACAUUGGAACUGAAAACGAAGCCCUCUCCGUCCGUGGAUCAUUCACUUACUUGGGAGAUGAUGGUGUCACCUACUCCGUCAGCUACGUCGCCGAUGAGAACGGUUUCCAACCCAGUGCCGCUCAUUUGCCAGUUGCCCCAGUUGCUUAAAUAAUUUCUUCUACAUCAAAAUUGAUAUAAGUCUGCCUGUCUGUGUAUUUGUUGUGUCUAAUUUCAAAUCUCUGAAAUAAAAGCAU